AUGCUGACGAGAGAAUUCAUCGAUGACAGUUUAUACAAUCACAAUUAUGGCUACUUCUCGAAACAUGCCACCAUUUUCCGCCCCGGAGAGCCAUUCUAUUUCAACGAGAUCGAGGACGGUCCAGCAUUUUAUCGCAUGCUUGGGGAACGUUACCACGAAUUUGAAGACCAGCUGGAUGAAACCAAUCCAGAUGUUGCUCGCCAGUUGUGGCACACGCCAACGGAGCUUUUCCGACCUUAUUACGGAGAGACGAUUGCACGGUACUUGGUGUCGAACUACAAGUUGACGUUGUACCCCUACCACGACUUGAUUAUAUACGAAAUGGGUGCCGGAAAUGGAACAAUGAUGAUGAACAUAUUGGAUUAUAUCCGCGACACCGACUACGAGGUCUACCAGCGGACCAAGUACAAGAUCAUUGAGAUUUCGCCGUCGCUGGCAUCGCUUCAGAUGCAAAACUUGACCGACUCGCUCGAUGCGGCCGGCCAUUCGGACCGGGUGGAGAUUAUCAACCGCUCGAUUUUCGACUGGGAUACAUAUGUGCAUUCGCCGUGCUUCUUCCUGGCGCUGGAGGUGUUCGAUAACUUUUCCCAUGAUCAGAUUCGCUACGACCUCAAGACGGAGCUGCCUCAGCAGGGUGGAGUACUGAUCGACGCCAACGGCGAGUUUCUCGAGUACUACAAUACGCAGCUGGAUCCGAUUGCUUCUCGCUUUUUGCGAGUGCGCCAGGCUGCAGCGCGGCGGAAGUUCCGCACUCCCUUGACCUCCAAGUACAUGAAAUUGAUGCGCAGUCAGCUGCCGUGGCAGCAGGGCCAUCGCUACACCCUGCCGGAGUACAUCCCCACCCGACUCAUGCAGUUCUUCGAUAUUCUGAACACCUAUUUCCCGGGCCACCGCCUGAUUGCGAGUGACUUUGACACUCUCCCGGAUGCCGUGCCGGGUGUGAAUGCGCCCGUUGUGCAAACGCGGUACAAGAGACGGACAGUUCCAGUAUCGACGCCCUUCGUCCACCAAGGAUACUUCGAUAUUUUCUUCCCUACCGAUUUCAACACUACUGAAGACAUCUACCGUGCUGUCACGGGCAAGCUGACGCAAGUGAUGAGCCACGAAGACUUCAUGCGCCGAUGGGCGUAUAUUGAGGACACGGAGACGAAGAACGGGGAAAAUCCGCUCCUAACCUGGUAUAAGAAUGCCAGCAUGUUGAUCACAGUCUAUAUAGAAACAAAAGCCAUGACUAUCCCAACCUGGAAAUCAACCGUGCACAAGAAGCGCGCAGCUCAGCUGGCCGCCAUUCCACCUGAUUGGCGUCUCCCGGAGUCCAUCACUGCCGAUCCGCCACUCAAUGCUCUUGAGGCAAUCCGCUCUUGUGAUAUUCUCACGGAGAAAGAGCUGGAAUGGACGGAGAUUAAUGAUAGUACUGUGCUGCUUUCCAUGCUGGCGAACCGUGAGAUUAGCUCCGUUCAGCUUACAACGGCGUUCUGUAAGCGCGCGGCCGUCGCCCAGCAGCUUACCAAGUGCUUGACGGAGAUUUUCUUCGAUAGGGCGCUAGCGCGGGCUAAGGAGCUCGAUGAUAUUUUGGAAAAGACAGGAAAGGUGACGGGGCCGUUGCAUGGGCUGCCGGUUUCGAUUAAGGAUCGGUUUGAUGUCGAGGGAUAUGAUACAACCGUUGGCUGGGUUGGGCUAGUUGGCAAACCCGCGCAAAGCUCCAGCAGUAUUGCCUUGUCGUUGGAGUCAAUGGGCGCGGUAUUGUAUGUCAAGACGAAUGUGCCGCAGUCUUUGAUGAUGUCUGAUUCCUACAACCAUGUGUUCGGACAAUCCAUCAAUGCCUUCAACAAACAACUGAUUUCCGGUGGGAGUUCCGGCGGCGAAGGCGCCCUCAUUGGCACGGGUGGCAGUGUCAUUGGUAUCGGGACAGAUAUCGGAGGCUCGAUUCGACCCAUGGCCCGCAGUCUUUCCAGCAUUGAACAUUUCAUGCAAUCCCUUCUCGACUCCAAUCCUUGGAACAUUGAUCCGGGCUGCAUUCCAAUUCCCUGGAGAAAGGAACUUGCAGUGAAACCCACUGGUAAACUACGACUCGGAAUUGUCUACGACGACGGCGUGGUAAAACCGCAGCCCCCAAUCGCCAGGGCAAUGCGCGAAGUUGCAAAGAAACUCAAAGAAGCUGGUCAUGAAGUCUUCGAAUGGGAUACCUCCCUCCACACCACAGGCCAAAACCUCUGGACAAAAGCCAUCCUUGCCGACGGAGGCCAACACUGUCGCUAUCUAUGCGACAUUGUCGGAGAGCCACUGAUAGAAGGGAUGGUUGUAGGGACAGAGAAAGAUGAGCUGACCAUCUCAGAACGCGAAGAGCUCGAAGAGACCAAAUGGGCCUACCAAAGCAGCUUCCUCCAGCAAUGGACAUCGAGCAACAUCGACGCCCUCCUCAUGCCCGUCACGCCCUGGGUCGGCUACCGGCCGAAAUCCUGGGUCGUCAGCUCCCAGUGGCUCGGCUACACGGCUCUCUGGAACUUGCUUAACUACGCGGCUGUUACUGUUCCGGUGGCUAAGGUGGAUGGGGCACUUGAUCAGCCGGAUCAGGAGUGGUUGGAGCAUGUGCCUAGGAAUGACUCGGAUCGGUUUAAUUGGGAACAGUAUGACCCCGACCUGGUCAAAGACAUGCCCAUCACUGUGCAAAUCGUCGGAGGCCGAUUUGGCGAAGAAAAGGCCGUUUCUGUAGCCAAGGUAGUAGAUGAGGUUCUGCAGGAGCCCUAG